GACCUGAAGACGACCUCUUUCCUUCUCUCCCGCCCUCGCUGUGAAGAUGGCGCUCUCCAGGGUGUGCUGGGCUCGGGCUGGUCUGUGGGGUUCGGCGGUCACCCCCGGACCUUAUGUCACCCGGAAGCUGCAACUUGCUCGCCCUCGCGCUGGCCUGGCCUGGGGGGCCCCUCGUCUCUUUGAUCUUCCUUGUAGGUCUUCAAACCUCCACCUUUCUCCAAAGGCAGAUGUGAAGAGCUUGAUUUCUUAUGUGGUGACCAAGACCAAAGUGAUUAAUGGGAAAUACCAUCGUUUCUUGGGUCGUCAUUUCCCCCGCUUCUAUGUCCUGUACACAAUCUUCAUGAAAGGAUUGCAGAUGUUUUGGGCUGAUGCCAAAAAGGCUAGAAGAAUAAAGACAUAUAUGUGGAAGCACAAUGUAAAGUUUCAUCAACUUUCAUACCGGGAGAUGGAGCAUUUGAGACAGUUCCGCCGAGACGUCACCAAGUGUCUUUUCCUAGGUAUUAUUUCCAUUCCACCCUUUGCCAACUACCUGGUCUUCUUGCUAAUGUACCUGUUUCCUAGGCAGCUACUGAUCCAACAUUUCUGGACCCCAAAGCAACAAAUUGAUUUCUUAGAUAUCUAUCAUGCUCUCCGGAAGCAGUCCCACCCAGAAAUCCUUGGCUAUUUAGAAAGGGUUAUCCCUCUCGUUUCUGAUGCAGGACUCCGGUGGCAUAUGACAGAGCUGUGCACCAAGAUACAGCAUGGUACCCACCCAGCAAUACAUGAUAUCCUGGCUCUGAGAGAGUGUUUCUCUAACCAUCCUCUGGGCAUGAACCAACUCCAUGCUUUGCAAAUGAAAGCCUUGAGUCGAGCCAUGCUUCUCACACCUUAUCUGCCUUCUUUCUUGUUGAGACACCGUUUAAAGACUCAUACCACUGUAAUUCACCAACUGGACAAAGCUUUGGCAAAGCUGGGGAUUGGCCACCUGACCCCUCAGGAAGUGAAAUCGGCUUGUUAUCUUCGUGGCCUGAAUUCUACCCAUAUCGCUGAAGAGAGGUGUCGAACUUGGCUGGGAGAAUGGCUACAGAUUUCCUGCAGCCUGAAAGGUAAGACCCAUCCCUGUGGUUAUGCCACUCAAAUUCAAAUAAUUUUUAUAUUUUAUUCUGAGAUUACUUUGGAGUUGAUGAGUGAGUACUGUGAGACCCUUAUCCUGUGUAUAAACUCAUUUGCCUACAGGGGCUAAGCAGGUAGUGAAGUAGACUGUGCAAGACAAGAGGCAGUAGCGGGGACUUGGGGGAACCAAGACUACGUGCAUGCCAGUCUGAAGCAGUUUCUCAGCCUCAGCACUACAGAUGCUUCGUCCUGGGGGCUACCAUGUGCAUUAGAGGGUAUCUAGCAGUAUCCCUGCCGUCUACCCACUAGAUGUCAGUAGCGCCCUCCACCCCAGUUCUGAUCAUCAAAAAACGUCUCCCAACAUUGCUGGAUGUCCUGUGGGGGAAGGGGGAAUAGAAUUAUCCCGGGUGAGAAGUGCCAGUCUAAAGGCAUUCAAACUCAAAACAGAAACACUUGGAGCACCUGGCUGGCUCAGUCGGUAGAGCAUACAACUCUUGAUCUCAGGGUUGUGAGUUCGAGCUCCACGUUGGGUGUAGAGAUGACUUAAAAAUAAAUCUUGGGGCACCUGGGUGGCUCAGUCGGUUAGGCGUCCGACUUUGGCUCAGGUCACGAUCUCAUGGUUUGUGAGUUCAAGCCCCGCGUCGGGCUCUGUGCUGACAGCUCAGAGCCUGGAGCCUGUUUCAGAUUCUGUGUCUCCCUCUCUCUCUGCCUCUCCCCUGCUCACACUCUGUCUCUGUCUCUCUCAAAAAUAAAACGUUUUUUUUUAAGUUUAAAAUAAAAACAAAUCUUUAAAAAAAAACCCCACAAAAUCAAAAACAAUUGGCUAAAUAAAAAGUAUCUGAGGGUGGGUAUUAGGCCUGUGAGUCACUUAUUGGAACCUUUGGCUGGGCUUUGAUGUUUUCUAAGCCUGUGAAUAGCAGGGUAGGCCUACUAAUCUCCUUGGAGCCAAGAAAUGUUUCCAGAGCACCAGCUUCUAGCAGAAGAAUCCCAAGGGUGACAAUAGUUAGUGUUCACUACCAUUAGCAUCUCUGAGUUUUCUCCCACCAGCACAUGAGAGGCAAGAAGUGAGGAUGAGGAGAAAGGAAUACCUGGUGGAAGGAAAGGACAGCAUACGUGGCAGGGACUGGGGUGAAGCAGGGGACCUUCAAGAACAGUAGCCUCUCGAUGUCACACCUCCCUGCACUUGGCUUCCCGACUCCAGGAUCAAGCCCUGCCCCCCCCCCCCCCC